UCCUGCAGGAGAGGAACCGGCUCUCGGCUGCCCACGGAGCACGGCGGUGCCCGUGGUGUUUGUUCUGGGGAACUACGCAUCGAGAGUUUCUUAUCAGUUCCUUAUCAGAGGCGAGAGGGGGAAGUGGCUCCUCCAGCCAGCCCAGCGCGGUGUUUCCUGGCCCGGGGCUGGCACCCGGCAGGCAGGGCAGGGUUGGGAUCGAUCCCUGCCCAGCCCGGGCGUGCCUCCCAUUCUGAGCCGAUGGGAAGGAGGCGCCUCGGCUGGGGUUUCCCGGGAAGGGGAUCUGCCAUGUAGCGGCCCGCCUGUCUGAUGCCGCAUUGGAGGCGGGGAGCGCCGCUAUGGAGUGCAGGGAUGGAGGCCACGCUCUGCAUCCACACGUGCCUUUGGCUGAGCGCUUCCUGGAUCCCCCUGGCCUCGCCGGCCGGGCCGGCCUGCGGCCACCAGCGCGCUCCGGACACUGAGGGCCGCCACGGGAAGCUGACGUGGGCGGUCAGCUUGGAUGCACCCGAGGAGGAGCUGGAGCAGCGGGCAGAGGAGCUGGCCCGCACUGCGGGGCUGGUGAACAUGGGCCGUGUCGGGGAGCUCAAGGGCCAUUACCUCUUCGCCUACCAGCCCGAUGGCCGCGCGGCGACUGAACACGAAGCCAUAAGGAGGUCGGUGGACACUUUGUUUGCACAGCACGACAGCGUGCGGUGGCACUCGGAACAGAAGCUUCUGAAGCGCUCCAAGCGCAGCCUGCACUUUAACGAUCCCAAAUACCCCCAGCAGUGGCAUCUGAACAACCACAAGAGCCCCGGGAAGGACAUCAACGUCACGGGCGUGUGGGAGCGGAACGUGACGGGGCGCGGGGUGACGGUGGUGGUGGUGGACGACGGCGUGGAGCACACCAUCAAGGACAUCCAGCCAAACUACAGCCCGGAAGGCAGCUAUGACUUGAACUCCAACGACCCUGACCCUAUGCCUCACCCCGACGAGGAGAACGGGAACCACCACGGGACCCGCUGCGCCGGGGAGAUCGCGGCUGUGCCCAACAACAGCUUCUGCACGGUGGGAGUCGCCUACGGCAGCCGCAUCGCGGGCAUCCGAGUGCUGGACGGGCCCCUCACGGACAGCAUGGAGGCCAUCGCCUUCAACAAGCACUAUCAGAUCAAUGACAUCUACAGCUGCAGCUGGGGUCCCGAUGACGAUGGGAAGACUGUGGAUGGCCCCCACCAACUGGGAAAGGCUGCCCUGCAGCACGGCGUGAUCGCGGGUCGCCGGGGCUUCGGGAGCAUCUUCGUGGUGGCCAGUGGCAACGGGGGCCAGCACAGUGACAACUGCAACUAUGAUGGAUAUGCCAACUCCAUCUACACUGUCACGAUAGGAGCUGUGGAUGAGACGGGCUCCAUGCCCUUCUACGCCGAGGAGUGUGCCUCCAUGCUGGCCGUGACCUUCAGCGGCGGGGACAAGAUGAUGAGGAGCAUCGUGACAACAGACUGGGACUUGCAGAAGGGCACGGGCUGCACGGAGGGGCACACGGGGACGUCGGCUGCGGCUCCGCUGGCCGCGGGGAUGAUCGCGCUGAUGCUGCAGGUGCGGCCGUGCCUCACCUGGCGGGACGUGCAGCACGUCAUCGUCUUCACUGCCACCAAGUACGAGGACCGUCACGCCAAGUGGGACACGAACCAGGCCGGCUUCAGCCACAGCCACCAGCAUGGCUUCGGCCUGCUCAACGCCUGGAGGCUGGUGAACGCUGCCAAGAUCUGGGAGUCCGUGCCGUACCUGGCCUCCUACGUGAGCCCCGUGCUGAAGGAGGGCAGGAGCAUCCCGUGGCUCCCGCAGGAGCUGGAGGUGGCCUGGAACGUCACCCCUGCCGACCUGGGGCUGUCUGGCAUGAGGACCCUGGAGCACGUGGCUGUCACCGUCACCAUAACCCACCCUCGCCGUGGCAACCUGGAGAUCCGGCUCUUCUGCCCCAGCGGGAUGAUGUCCCUGAUCGGGACCACCCGCAGCAUGGACUCGGACCCCAAUGGCUUCUCUGACUGGACCUUCUCCACGGUGCGCUGCUGGGGCGAGCAGGCGCAGGGCACCUACAGGCUGCUCAUCAGGGACAUCGGAGACGACAGCCUGAGGCCUGGCACCUUGAAGCAGUGGCAGCUGACCCUGUACGGCUCCUCGUGGUCCCCAGCAGAGAUGAAGGAACGGCAGAGGCUGCUGGAGGAAGCCAUGAGUGGGCAGUACCUGAGCGGUGACUUCUCCCUGCCCUGUCCCCCAGGGCUGGACAUCCCCGAGGAGCAGCGUUACACCAUCACAGCCAACACCCUCAAGACCCUCCUGCUCUUGGGAUGCUUUGCGGUGUUCUGGACUUUCUACUACAUGCUGGAGGUUUGCCUGACGAGGAACGAGGCGGGGCUGGACCUGGCGUGCUCCAGCUCCACCAGCUGCAGGUGGUACCAGCAGGGCGGGAAGCACCGAGCCCUGGAGAGCGACCUGGAGAUGGAGUCGGUGCCUCUGUACCAGGAGAAGGAUGUGGAGGAGGCCGAGAUGGAGUGUGAGCACCUGGAGCCUGCCCGGGACGGGGAGGAGGGGUCCUGGACCCCCACCCACCCCAAACUUUCCAGCAAUGGCAGAGCUGUGAGCUUCCAUGAGGCAGCCCCCACUGGAAUGGGAUUCCUGGGCCGGGAGGCAUCGACUGAACUCCUCGGGGAGGACAAGGAGCACCAGCCCUGCUGACUGGGGCUGGGGCCCUGCCUUGGUACGACCUUCCUGCACAGACUCACUGCUGAGCCUCCACGGACCGCUGCCACUGUGCCCUGCGGGAGGUGGUGCUGGAAGCGGCUUGGAAACAAGGAGAGAGGGCUGGUACUGGAAAGGGAGCUUCCCUUCCCUCCUUCUGGAAAACAAAGCAAGCCUUAAACCCUUUCCUGAUGGAGCCUGCCCUGCUGGACGCUCAGGGCACCGUUGUGAGUGGAGUGCCAUUCCCACCGAGCCCCUUCCUGCCACUGCAGCAGGGCCAAGACGUGUCCCUUUGUCCCUGAUUUCUGCAGAGCGAGCCUGGAAAAUGCAGCGAGGCCCCAGCAGCCGCCUCUGCAGGCAGGGACCCCGCAGCACUGGCAUUUUCCCGGCCCCUACCCACCAGUUAUCCCAGUUUAGGAGCAGGGAGUUAUUUCACUCAUCUCCAGCCAGCGCUUCUCCCUGCCCCCGUACUCCGAUCCUGCUGAUUCCUCCUCUCCUGUGGGCACAGAGCAGCUGUGGGGUGGGGGAGGCAGCAGCCAGCCUGUUUGGGGGCAGGAUGGGGCUGUCCCUGGGCACAGGAGCACCUCUGGUAGCGGGUAGGCCUGGUUUGGGCUGGGGAGGGGAGGCUGAGUUGCUCUGGCAAUGGCUCGUCUGGGCAGGGUUGGCUUGUUCACAUGUCUUUGGGUUCGGUGGUUUAUUUUUUUAAAGCUGGGGUUUGUUUUUUUAAUCAGCAAAGCCCUUUUGUGUAGCUUUCCAAAUAAAGCCUGAAAAACCCUC